AUGAAUGCAGCCAGAGUAACCCAACCAAUAGCUAACCAGGAAAAGGGAAGACCACAUGUCAGUUCCUGGGACUCGUUCAAGCUGUAUUGGUCGUUCAAACCUCUCAGCUACUAUGAAAACCAGAUUUUGUCGUUCUUGCCCUUUUAUCCCAAUCCCACCGACAAGAAACGUGCUGAGAUUAUCAACACAGUGAUAGACGACAAAAACAAUUACAUUCACGAAUUAUUGGUAGAAAAUACCGAGAAAAUCGAUGGCAAUGAACCGCUAGACAUCGUUUUAGUACAUGGUUAUGGCGCGGCAUUGGGAUUUUUCUAUGCUAAUUUUGAUGGACUAACAAAACUCCCAGGGACGAGGUUGCACGCAAUUGAUCUCCCCGGCUUUGGUUUAUCAAGUAGGCCACCAUUUCCGGACCUGAAGGGUGAUACUGCGGACGAUGUAAUGAAAAGUGAGGACUUUUUCAUUGAUGCCAUUGAAAAAUGGAGAAUAGCAAAGGGGCUCGGGCAAUUCAUAUUAAUUGGGCAUUCGCUUGGAGGAUACCUGUCUUGCUGUUACUACAUGAAGUAUGGAAAAGGCAUUGUAACCAAGAUGGUUCUAGUAUCGCCAGUCGGUAUUGAACGGUCUGAGCUCUCAUUUUACGUGACAAAGGAGCACGCUCUUACGAUAGACAAGGAGACGGAAUUGGCCAGAAGAGAGGGUAUCGACUUAACAAACGAAUUUACUGAUCAUCAAGUUGACCCAACGCAAGAGGAAGAGCUCGAUGACACCAACGACGUAGUUUCUAUCACAUCCAACUCGGGUGACACAGAUACUUCCAGUUUGAUGACCCAAGUUAGAAGAGCUCCUCAAAUUGGCAAGUUGUUUACGCGCCUCUGGGAAAGAAAUUACUCCCCAUUUCAAAUUUUGAGGCUGUUCGGACCUUUUGCAGGAAAGUUAGUUUCAGGAUGGACGUUCAAUCGAUUUUCUCAUCUACAAGACCCGGAGACUCUCUUCAAGAUAAAUGCAUAUACUACCAAAACAAUGCUUGCGAGUGGUUCCGGAGAAUUUGCUCUCACUAGGUUACUUGCCCCAGGAGCUGUCGCAAAGCUUCCAAUAUCUGAAAGAUUGCCUGAUAAAAUUAAGAUUAGAUCGUUGUGGCUAUACGGUGAUGUUGACUGGAUGAGCAAAGAAGGGGGUUACGAGAUCGUGAAAGAAAUAAAUGAAAAAAACAAGGACGAGCAGAAUGCAAAGGCAAAAUUCAGAAUUGUAAAGAACGCUGGUCAUCACGUCUAUCUGGACAAUGCUGCCGAUUUUGAGUAUCAGGUGCUGAAAUUUAUAAAACAAUAG